AAUGGCGGCAUUUGCCGCUUCAAUCGAACCGGCUAGUUGUGGCGCACGACUUUACAUUCUAUCAUCAACCUUGCUGAGAGAAACUGCGCGCUUUUGGAUCUGUUAAAUCUUCUUCGCCUGGUUAUUGCAGCAAGAGGAGUUUGCAAGAAGUAUUUUUGGUAGACUCCCAUCCCCCCCAAGCUUUGCAGCAGAUUUCAAUCGUAUAUAGUUUCAUUGAUUGAAGAGGAAAUGCUCAAUAAUGCAAUUAAUAUUAGAAAUUGAACAAGAUUCAUACAUAGAUAAAAUGUCGUUGGUAGAUAAACAAAUUAUUGAAAAAUUAAGUAACAAUGAAAUCUUAAAUAAAUUAGAAAAUGUAGAACAAACUGUUGCCAGCAGCAAUCUGAAUCAGGGCAUUACAAUGAAGGAAAACAGUUCUGAUGGCUUAAUAGAAUCUUCGAUUACGACAGUUGAAAAUAGUGAAGCUUACGGAGACAAAGAAAAUCCAGACUUAUGUAAUAUCAACCCCAGUAAUUCAGAGAUAGAUUCACACAAAACUACUUUAUUUCAAGAUAAGAAUGAUAGUGUAGGAGAGACUAAAGAUAGUCUUUUUGAUGGUUCCACAAAAACCGACGUUCAAUGUAUGAAUGGUUUUGUUACUAAUACAGAAGUCAACGAAUCUUUAGAAAAUGAAGAUUUAAAAAGUAAUACUGACUCAAUAAAAGUCAUAUCUGAUGAAGCCAUUGAUAUGAAGAGGUUGAUCGAUAAUGAAGAUGUUUUGGAAGAAGAAGUGAAUACUCGGGAUAGUGCUUCAUGUAAUGAGUCAACGAAAUUAGAUGAAGAAAAGGAAGUAGUAAAUUGUAGAAAAUUUGAAAAUAAUUUCUCGUUGAAAUGGGAAUGUGACGACGGUGAUGCUUUAGAUGAUGUUGAAAUGAAUUCUGUUGAAAGUGUAGAUGAUAUAGAAAAUCAAAUCAAAGUUGAUGACGUAUCAAUUGAUAUUGUUAUGAAAACAGCAGAAACAGAGAGUAGUAGUGACGCUAUAUAUAAGUGCAAUGAUGUACGUAUAAGUAGUUCUAUUGACGAUGUUUUUUUAAAAAGUAAUAUAACUCAUCGAAAUGAAAAUUCUUCAUCAGAUAUUCACUGUUUGGAUAAUCAAAACAACGCCAAAGAUGAUGAUAUUGAGGAUUCAUCAAAAGACAUAGCUCUAGGUACAAGUAACAUGGUAAUACCCAUGGAUGUAGAUAGUGACAUAUACCAAAAUAACGGAACGAUGGAUCAAAUGCUAUUCACAGAAAAAGAGCUUAAAGAAAAUGACAUCCUUUUUGCCCACGCUGAUAGAAAUAACUUGACAGAAGAAAGCAACGAAGUUAGUAAAAAGUGUAGUGAAAGUUUAGGUAAUAUUGAAAUUAAAAUGGGUGAGAGAGAAGAAGGAGCUCCCAUAUUGUGCGAUUCAACGGAAACUUCCAUGCAUGAAAAUUGCAAGGACUCCAGCAAUAAAGAUUGUAAGAUUUUCAACACAGACAAAGAAGAUUCUAACGAUACUGUUAUUCUAACUGAAAACAAUGCUUUUGAAGAAGAAACUAACGAAGAGUUUUCUUUGAAUGUAAACGAUACAAAGAUAAGUGAAGUUCAGACUGAAGAAGUAAUAAAAGUAGCCGAUAAUGUUAUAAAUGUAUCUGAAGAAGUAAAAGAGUCGGAAGUUCUGCAAUCGAUCGUACUGUCGGAUAAUGAAACCAGCAAGAGAGAACACGACAUUAAAAGUGAAUUAGAUACGAUUGGUAAUUCUAACAUACAUACAGAAAGCAAUUAUCUUCUAGAUGAUAAAGUAAAUAAAAAUGUUGAGCCCAGUGUUAUUUCAAACAAGGACCCUGCUACUGAAAUAACUGGUUCUGAAACAGACACUGUAUCGUCAGACCCUCAAAACAAAGAUAAGAUAUACAUACAAAGUUCUGAUGUAUAUACAAAAAGCAAGGAUCUAGUAGAUGUAAAAAAUAGUAAUCAUUUAGAUGCCAGUGUCAUUUCAGAUAUUGGCCCCGCUACUGCAAGAACUAGUUCUACAAUGGAAACUUUAAUAUCAGAUCAUCACAACGACGAUUCCAGUGCCACUGAAAAUAAUGAUCCAAAUCCAAUGAAUGUCGCUAAAACAUCAGAUAAGCAGGAUGUUAGUCUUGAAGUUGACGAUAUUGAUAGUAAGCCUAAUGAUAAAGAUGAUACAAGAUUAAAUAAAGAAGUCGGUGCAGUUGUUUUAGUUGAUUGUCAAACCCCUAACGAUCUAUUAGUUCUCGACUCAAACCAACCGAUACCUGAUUGUACUGAGACAAGCGCUGCUAUUGAAGACAAUCAUGAGAUAACUCUAUCAGAAAACAACAAUGGUCAAAUCCUCAACAAUUUAUUACUGCUCGACUCAAACCAACCAAAACCCAAGUGUACUUUGGCAAGCGCUGUUAUUAAAGACAAUCAUGACAUAGCUCUAGCUGAAAAUAACAGUAGUCAAAACUCCAACAAUAUAUUAGUUCUCGACUCAAACCAACCGAAACCCGAUUUUACUGUGGCAAGCGCUCUUAUUAAAGACAAUCAUGAGAUAACUGUAGCUGAAAACAGCAAAGGUGAAAUGGAAACUAAACAGCCGCAAUGUAAAUUAUUAAACACAUUGGAUUUCUUAUCAGAUGAUGAAGCAGAAGAUAAGGAUCAAUCAAAGGAAACGCCACACAUGGAUACUGCAGCUAAUGAUAAAAAUUUCAUUAAUAUCGAAGAAGAUGAUGAUGUUAUGUUAAUUGAUGAUGAACCUAGUGUAAAAAAAGAUGAGAAAGUAACAGAUUCAGCAGCAGUAUUGAAAGCCACAGAAAACACUGAUGUGGAUAAAAUUCUAGAAGAUAAGAAUAACUUGAAAUCAGACAUCUCAACCAGUACAGAUAUAGCAACAGAUACAAAUGAAAACAAUGAAGAUGCAAGCAAAGCAACACAAGAAACAGACGCGAAAACCAAAAGGCCUCCUUCACCGAAAGAAUUACUGCCCGUGACAUUUUUAUCCACAUGCAAAAAGAAUAUUGCAGAAAUGACUCGCAAUGAUUUAGAAGAAUUUUGUAUAUUGAAAAUUGUUGAAAGUGUAAUCGGCAGGAGUAAUUUAGGCGAGAUAAAAUCUGAACUGAAAAACGUAUCACAUAAGGUAGAAGAAUAUAAGCAAAAAGUUAGCACUCUCUCUAAACAAAAUGUAGACUUGCAAGUUGUUCUCAAAUCCAUACAGGAAGAGCUAAAAAAAAAAGCAACCCCAAUAACACCAUUAAAAAUAACAAGAUCUGUUGGUAUGCAGGUUUUGAUGACAGAUGGACUUAAAGCAAAGAGGAACACGGGCGUAAAACAGGUGAAGGGUUCAAAUGCGAAUAGGCGCUCUCCAAAACAUGUAAAUACGGCGCCGCAACAACAACCACAGCAGCAGCAAAUACCUGUUCCUAGACUUGUUCCAGCAUCAAACAACCUGAUGAAAGUGAAUCCAUCUUUACAGCAGCAAAUUUCUGUUGCCAAGCCAAACAUGACCCCUCCUCUGCAAAAUGGUGUUAAAAAUGUAUCAUCAUCAGGACAAAAAGCUGAAAAGAGGCCGCUGAGUAAACCGCAUGGAAAUUCAGUGACAGUCGAUCUGACAGAUGAUGAACCUCCACUGAAACUCGCCCCUAGAAUGAAUAUGAACCAAACUGUUCGUGUAGUUCCACCCCAGAACUUGAUGCCACCUCAGAGACAUCAAUUUGCAACAGUUAUCAACAGUCCUAGAAAAGUUUAUAUACCUAUAAGUGGAGUCCAAGCACAAAACGUACGACCCGUUCAGACGUUAAUGUUGAAAACAAUCCCAAAUCAAAAUGUAAGGCCGCGUAAUGUAACUCCAGGUUCAGCUAAACAAACACGCAGGUCGCAUCCAGCCCCUCUACCUGAUGGCGUAAAACAAUACCAACCUCCAAAUUGGAAGGCGCUUCCCCCCGCGCCGCAACUUAAGCUGUCGAAAGUUGACAAUGGAAUUGUUAUAUCCUGGAAAAUCGAUGGCUAUCAAGAAGAUUUCCACGAAGAGAUAGCAAGUUACCAGCUAUAUGCAUAUCAAGAAACGCAGGCCCCUGCAAGUACAAAUUUAUGGAAAAAAAUAGGUGACGUAAAAGCUCUUCCACUGCCUAUGGCCUGCACGUUGACUCAGUUUAUGGCAGGAUUCAAAUAUUAUUUUGCAGUCCGGUCUGUGGAUGUCAGGUCUCGGGUAGGGCCAUUUAGUGUACCUGGACAUAUAAUGCUAGUGGAUAAAGAUGACUGAAAAUAUAUUAUGUUUUAAUUUUAAAUGUAUGUUUGUGAAGAUGUUGUUUUGUAAAUAUUAUGUGUUAUUGUUGGCAGAGAUACUGGUAUUUAUUAUUACACAUAACUUUUUAGACUAAUUCACGAGAGCGGGAAAUCAUUUACGUCAAUACACUUUAUUCCUACUCCAUUAUGCCUACCGGCUUAUCAAUUUGAUGCAUAGUUUUAAAAAAAUAUGACUUAAGUACUUAUAAUUAUCCGCCUCGGAAAUUGAAGAGUGUAUGAUAUUUUGGAAUAAUUACCUCUACAAAAUUAUGUAGGGCAAAUAGGGAAAAACUCAAAAAAUAGGUACCUAUACAUUUCUAGUAAUGUUUCCGAGGCGUAUAAAUUAUAAAUACCGUAGAAGUAAAUAUUUGUGCUAUUUUAUCGUAGUGAAUCUUACACGACGGGCCAAGUUGUUCAGCCCCUUUCUGUUACAAAAUGGUAUCUGUAGUUAAUAAUUAUUAUGUAGUUAGUAAAAUGUCAUGUAAAACUCUGAUUAAUUAGAAUUUCCUUAAGGAAUUAUUGAGGUUGAUUUUUAUUUUACAAAGACUGUUAUGUACUUUCCCAAGUAAAUACAUUUGAGCAAG